CUAUCGAGUAUUGUUGUCAUGAAUGCGGUCUGCUUCGUCUUCUUGCUGCUACUCAAGUACACAGCGAGUGCAGCUCCACAUUGUCUUGCUAGUGUGCAACAGAAGUGCUCGAAUGAUACAGACUGCCAAUUCCUUCUCAAGAACUAUUUGCUGGGGUGCGCUAGCGUAUUUGCCGGGCAAGUGUGCAGCGAGACAUGCAAGACUGCAUACGACCAACUGCUGAGAAACUCCGUCGGGUCGCAGUACUACUCUUGUAGCUGCUACGAAUCUACAAUUUGCAAUCUCUACAAAAACAAUUUGUUGCGGCAAUGCUUCGAUGGCGUCGCCCCAACGCCUGGAUUUAUCAGCACGGAUGACUCCAACACAGGCAGAGAAUCUCUUUCUUGCGUGCUGCUAAACUCAGUCUGCAAUUCUUUCGUAUCUACUUGCCAGCGUCGCUACCAGACUUUUAUUGUCACGUGUCAAGACGCCUUCGAUGGCUUCGACUGCUCGUCACAAUGCAACUAUUCUGUGUACCACAUGUUGAGGCAUCCGGUCACUCGCCGAUUUCUGAGCUGCGACUGUCUCAACGAUACGGUUUGUCGUCGGCGCGAGAACAACCUGUUGCAAACGUGUUAUAACGGAACGACACCGGAUGCGCCACCUCCGGACGCCACGCCUACAAUCUAUGCUCAAGGCACGUGCGAGGCUUUACUCGAAGAAUGUUUCUCUUCCGACUUUCAAACGUGCGGGAAAACGUUUCUAGCCGUCGAAGGCUUUUGCGCUCAAUCUCCCAAUCCGGUGAGCAGUGCGGAUGCAUCAUGUUCCACACCCUGCGAAGACAGACUUCGAAAGGCGUGGUCGGCGACUGAGUUUGCACGUAAGGUGUCGACCUGCAAUUGCACGAACGGGAAUUCCUCCGAAUGUCUCAGAGUGUCGAGUUACAGCAAGAUGUUCGAGAGGUGUGGCUUUAACGGUUCCACUGACGUCAUAACGACACCCGCCGUCACUCAAAUUCCUCACAUUUGGUGCGAAUCGGUCGUCGACACGUGCAAGAACAGCGACUGCGUCGAUUCCGUUCCUCGAGCGUUUCGCGAAACGUGCGCCUACUUGUUUGCCGACUCGCACUAUCGGACGCUCAGUCUGAAUCUGUCUGCGUGUACGAACGAGUGUCGUUCGGAUCUUACCGCAUUGGCUGAUACUAGGGCGGCAAUUGUGAUUAACAGUUGUGUGUGUAUGAAACCUUCGUCGAGUGUGUGUCAAAAGGUGUCGCUGUAUCGGUCCGUCUUUUUGCUCUGCGAUAUCGAAAUGGGGUCUGUGACUGUGUCUGCGACUGUGUCUGCGACUAGUACGAGUUUGGAUGUUGCUACACCGACGACUAGAGGUGGAGAAACAGUGAAGACGCCUAGUGUUUUGGGUUUGGUAGUGGUAAUGUUCGUACAAUGCUUUGUGACGUUUUAGCCUGCAGUGAAAAUGUUUGCAGUCAGUUCUGAUUUGUAUUGGUUGUCGUCACGUCACGGGGUGACCUCGUGAAAUAUAUAUCUCUAGGCUCUUCUCGCCGGAUUUGAA